AUGUCGACGGUUUCAGGACCGGCUCUAGUUCGGAGGACUCUAGUUGGUGCCGGCAAUCGCUGUAUAUAUAGAGCCUGUCAGCCCGCACUCCAGAAGCGUUACCAGACCAUCCAAUCUGCCCCUUCUACUACACCCCCACUUGACAAGGCUUCUGAUCCGACACAAACCCCUCCACCUCCCCCUCCUCGUUCUCGUGCCUCGCGAGUCUUCGGCGCAACCGCUCUCUUCGUAGUCGCAACAGCUGCCGGUCUAGCAAUGUCUGUCGCUCCUGCCAUCGAGACGGCCAAUGGCUUCAUCUCACCCCCCACCAAUGCCGAGACCCUCUCGCUAUUCGUACCUGCCGGCUCCGAAGCCGAAGAAAUCAACAAACGCAUCGUCUCAAACCCUCUCUCCGAGUCUCUGCGCGCAAACCCCCAAUGGACCGAGUCCAGGCCGCACAUGAAGAUUCCCGAGAACAUGAGGUCGCACAACCUGACGGCGGGUACUCUGCAAGGAGACGACAAGAUUGCUUCUCCACCUCUCACAUUUGCCAACACAAAGGCCGAACUGCCGUCCAUUGUCCAGAUUGCCCAUCUUGGCGAAAAGUUGUGUGGUCACCCUACAAUCAUUCACGGAGGUCUACUUGCAACUCUUCUGGACGAAGGCCUUGCCCGCGCCUGUUUUCCUGCUCUGCCCAACAAGGUCGGCGUUACUGCGAGUCUGAACAUCACAUACAAGAAGCCUUGCCCUGCAAACAGCUUUGUUGUGCUCAGAGCAGAGACCACAAAGGUUGAUGGUAGAAAGGCGUGGGUCAAGGGUUGGAUUGAGAUUCUGGGCGACGGUGUCGAAGAGGGGGAGCACUUGGUCGAGGCCGAAGCCUUAUUCAUCGAGCCCAGGGGUGCAAAGAACAUGGCCAGACUCUACUCCAACGACGACUAA